AUGUUUCAUAUAUCUACCAUGUUACCGUAUACAGCUGGUGAUACUCAACAAUUACAACGGAAGCGACAUAUUGGAAAUGAUAUUGUUGCGAUCGUUUUUCAGGAAGAGAAUACGCCAUUUUCUGCUGAUAUGAUAGCGAGUAAUUUCUUACAUGCUUUUAUCGUUGUUCAGCCUAUUGACCCAUGCACUGAAAAAGUUCGCUAUCGUGUAUCUGUAACAGCACGUGAUGAUGUUCCAUUUUUUGGACCUACUCUUCCGGCACCAUCUAUUUUCCGGAAAGGUCAAGAAUUCCGCAACUUUCUACUCACCAAAUUAAUCAAUGCUGAAAAUGCUGCAUAUAAAUCAACGAAAUUUGCUAAACUUGCUGAGCGAACACGUUCAUCAUUAUUAGAAGCGCUUUACGGUAAUUUAAAAGAGCGAGCACAAUUUUAUGGUUUACCGUUAUUGGAAACAACAGAUAAUAU